UUGCUUGUGUGCCGAAUAUUCCGCGAAUUUAUGUUUGUGUUGGAUUUGUAGAUUGUGUUGGUGAUUGAUUGUGAUUCCUUUGAUGUGAUUGUUUCGUUCAACCUCUAUUAAAAUAUUAAUUUGGAUUUCCCUGAUCAAGAUGUGACGAUAAUUAUUGUGUAAACAGUGUCCGUCGCCCUUAGUUUGUUGGUCAUGACUUGCACUAACGUUAGGAAAUGGUGUAGGAAAAAAACUAUGAAGCCUGAAAAGUCAUCACGAUGUGGUCCGCUUACGCCCGGUCUAUUGUUCGCCACUCCUACUUGUUUCUAUUUUUAAGUAGUGUGAUUUCUACUAUCCUUACGGUAAUCCCGUUAGUAUGCCACAAACUACCAUCAUUCUCCGACCCUCUCACAGGGUUCGAGACUCGCGGAACAACGUUAGCCCACCGUUUCAUCGCGUGGGAAAACCUCAAUGACGAGACACGGCCGUCCCGGCGGCUUGCCGUCGACCCCCAAGAAAUUGAAGAUCAAAUUCGCAUAAACUUUACCUACUAUAACAGAACAACCCAAAGUAAACAACAAACAAAAAGAAAUCACUCUAAGAAGAAACUCCGGAAGAAGAAAGAAAUAUCCAACAGCACAAGCACUACAAAAAUUAGGUAUAAUUCACCUGAAUCUAAUUUCUCUUCUUCUUCUGGUCAUGUGCACUGGGGAUAUGGAAAUGUAACUUUUGAAGGGGAAAAUGAUAUUUUCUUGAGGGAGCAUGUACGAAAACAAUGGGUCUCACUCAAGAAGUUACAGCGUGAGCCUGAUACACCACUCCACCAUAACUAUGCUUUUGGAAGUUGUGGAGCACCUCUGUCAAAUUAUGCACAUUUUGUAAUAGAAAGCACUGACAAUUCAUCCUUACUCACAUAUGAAAAUGUUCAAAAAAUGUGUUACUGGCAAUUGGAUCUUGUGGAACUAGGUGCUGUGGAAUAUUUCAAUUUGUGUCAAAGGCCCUUCAAUGCUGAAGACUUCUGCUGUCCGGUAUGGAGUGUUCCGAACUAUAUAGCUUUAAUCUCUGGCAAACAAUCAUGUGAAAAUUUAACUAAAGAAGAUGUUGACAAAACUUCUGUGAUUUUAGAAAAAUGUGCAGUCUAUUUUCAUAACUUUUCAUUGAUGGCUUCAUGUGAGUUCAACAGAUGUAAGGUACCGAAAUAUUGUUCCCAGUAUGAUGCAAUAUACAAUAUGUUGUUCUACUUAAUAGAUUCUAAUGCAUUUGUUCCGCCUGACCUUUCUCAAAGCUAUGUUAAAAAUGUAAUGGUCUUCUUACCACUGCCAACUAGUAGCACAGUAUUGCCAUACUAUAAAAAAUUACAAAGUUCAAAUAUGUCUUAUGAUAAUCUUUUUAUACCUGCAAUGGAUUUUGGGCUCAAGAAUGCACUAUUUGACAUAUGGGUUAUUGAAGAUACUUGGUUAGUUGGCUUAGGAGCUGUGUUUGUGUUUCUAUGUGUUUGGAUUUACACAAAGUCUGUAAUGUUGACACUUAUGUUAUUUACAGCUAUUACAUAUUCUCUUGGAGUAUCAUACUUCUUGUAUGUAUAUGUGUUCAAUUUAGAGUUUUUCCCAUUUAUGAAUUUAUUAGUGGUAGUUAUUGUGAUAGGGAUUGGAGCUGAUGAUGCAUUUCUUUAUGUUAAGGUGUGGAAAAUGGUCAGUAAACAACUUAUCAGAGAUAAUAUGGCUAGUCGGGAUAGUGGCUUAGGGGAUAUGGGGGAUAUAAAGAAUGUAUCAAGUGCAGGCGAAACUAUACUUGUGCAAAUACUUGAGGAAACUCUUAAACAUUCUGUUGUGACAAUAUUCAUAACAACCUUGACGACUGCUGUAGCAUUUUACGCAUCUUACGUAAGUUACAUACCUGCUAUUAACUGCUUCAGCAUAUUUGCUGGAACAGCUGUUCUAGUCAACUUUUUACUAAUGAUAACCUGGUUACCUGUAUCAGUAUUUAUAAUGGAUGUUAAGUUGUGCCAAAAUAAUAUAAAAUUUUUAGAGGUGCUGAAAAAGUCUAUUAAUGAGAUUUGGGAUGACGCUAGAAUAGUGUUGAAUAGAUUUAUUAUCACAUGUGUAACAAAGUUCCACAUAGUUUUUGUAUUGGGGUUAGGUGGUUUAGGGAUUUACAGCAUUGUUGUAGUGUUUUACAGUCCUGGUCUUCAACUUCCUGACUCUAGACAGUUCCAACUAUUUCAAACAUCACAUCCAUUUGAACAGUAUGAUAUGAGGUACAGUGACAAGUUCAUUUUUGAAAGACUUGGUAAGGAUAUAGGAACUGGCAGUAAUAUGCCUCUGAGAUGGAUAUGGGGCGUAAAAGCUAUUGACAAUGGCAACCACAUGGAUCCCAAUUCUAGAGGCAAUUUAAUCUUUGAUGAUACUUUUUCGAUAUCAGAGCCAAAGUCGCAAAUUUGGUUACUAGAGUUUUGUACAAGAAUCAAAGCCCAACCGUUUUAUCAACAUACGCCGGGCUUCCUUCUUCCAAACUGUUUUAUUGAGAAUUUUAAGAACAUUUUUAUGAAUAGACCAUGUUAUGAUAGUAUAGAAAAAAAUGAUAGGAGGCCUUGUUGUGAAAUUUCCCGUUUCCCCUACAAGAAGAAAGUAUUUGAGCGUUGCAUCAUACUAGCCACGGAGUCAUUAUACCAGACACCUCGAGAAUUAUUCAUGCCUGGUGUGGCUGGUCCAAAAUUUCUCCGAAGUGCCAGACCCCCGAAAAUAGCGUCUAUUGUCGUUGAUUUUGAAAGUGUGGUCCCAUAUUCGAUGUCGUAUUUAGCAAUGAACAAAUUCUUUUCGCAUGUUGAGAACUGGACUGAAAACGAAUUGAAAUCGGCACCUAGGGGUAUGAAGGGUGGUUGGUUUAUAUCCGAUUUUCAAUUUUUUGAUCUCCAACGCACUUUGGCCAGCGGCACAGUGAUGGCACUAUUGAUAUCAGCUGGUUUAGGUUUUGUGGUACUGAUUCCAGCAACAUUGAGUUUCGUUGUAAGCGCGUGUGCACUAGCUGCAAUGGUAUUUUCUUCUACAGUUACGAUAGCUAUUCUAGUACUCAGCGGGUGGAAAUUAAAUAUUUUGGAGAGUGUUGCGAUAUCGACCUCGGCAGGACUUGCUGUAGACUUCAGUCUUCAUUAUGCCCUCAGUUACACUAACGCUAACGGCAUCAAAACUUCAAGGGUUAAAACUGCAUUAUCAACAUCAGCUGGACCAACUGCAGCCGCUGCACUCACUACGGGAUUCGCGGGAAUAUUUUUGCUAAGAUCGAAUUUGCUACCUUACUCUCAAAUCGGAUGUUUCUUAGCUUUGAUUAUGUCUGUUAGUUGGUUAUAUGCAACCUUCUUUCUGUGUUCUUUAUUCUGUAUAGUGGGUCGUAAUUCGUCCAAGGAAUUUCCAUCUGAAGAUAGAAAAACAGUUUCUCGAGUAAGUUCGAUAUGUUCGGGGAUUCCGAAUUUAGAGAGCCACGAGCUGGAGCAUUUAGCAGAUAGUAAUCGUACAAAUCUCACACAUUCACACAGUCCUUCCAGUUGGAGCGCUACCACCGUCGUGUUACAUGACGACUGUGACAACGCUCACAGUAAAGUUGACAAAAAAAUUAGUAUUACGGCUAAUUUAGCUUGUGAGAAUGACUGAAUGUACUUAUCUAAACAUAAGUAACUAAGUACUUAACUUACUACAUGACAACUCUUGAGAGUAUUUUUUUACAAUUAUAGUAUAAAUACCUGUUGAUCUAAAUAAGAGUAAAUUCUAAAUUUGUAUUUGAAUAAGAUUAAAUAUUGAAACCUAAGAAAGACCUCUGUGGUAUGGUAUGGCGUUAAUUAUACUGGCGGCAUUUCUUGGUUUUAUCAGAUGCGCUCUCCUAGUAUAAGUUGUCGGUGACAUCAAUCAACCUGCCUCUUCAUAUUUAUUUCACAUCACACAUGACAAGUAAUUUCUACCCAAUCAUUUCUUAAUUCAGACUAAGGGUACCUAUAUUUUAAAUAAAAUACAUUCAAAAAUAAGUCAUGUGUUUUUUACUAAACCGAUAUAACAAUGCCACUGCAAUUAAAAUUGCUACUUCUUAGGCUAAAAUAUUUAGUCUUAUUAAUUAGUGACAUUAGUGUAUAAUUUUUGUUUAACCAUUUCUUUCCUAGUGUUUGCUGCCUAAUUUUUGAUGAGUAAGUACUGAUACUGAAUUACUGAAAUUAGAAUUUUUGAUGAGUAAGUAGGUAUUGAUACUGAUUCUUUGUUUUGCAUAACUGAUAGUUAUCUCUUAGGUUCAUGUUAAUUCUUAAUCUAUUGAAAGUAUUAUCAUUGAUCACUGUAAUACGUAUAUGCUAGGUAUGUAAAUAUUUUACACUGUCGAAAUGCAAGACGUACGAAUGAUUAUUGUGACAAUAAUUAUCACAUAAAUAAUUCAUAUACGACAAUAUAAAUUGAAAUGAGCUUAGCUUGAACGUUUAAAUGUGUUGCUUAGUAAAAUUGUUUUAGUUAUGUUAACCUACGAUGACUCACCAUCCCAUUCUAGUCGCCUUCAGAUAUAUCGGAGCGGCCGAGGCGAUAUAGGUAUUUUCAGUAGGUACUAAUCCGUCUGUGUUUCAUCACAAAUACUUUAAUUGUAAUACGUGUCAAUUUGUAUUGACAAGAGAUAAUUACUCAUCGAAUAUUUCCUAUAUUUGUUAGAAUUAUAUUUUAUAGAUUUACAGUUUUCUUAGAAAAUUGAUGUUAGAGCUAUGUAAAUGUUAGUUAAGUAUAUCAAAACCACGAUAACAUCUGGUAAAAAUAAAUAAAUGUACUUAUAUUACUACUAUUACUAGAUAGAUUGCUAUAUUAUGUAUAGGGAUGUACAGUCACCACACGGAUUAUUAUGCUAUUUAGUGUUCGCGCUAAAUGAGGGCUACCGCGUUUAAUUUCGCCGCUAGGGGCGCUAGUGUAGAUAGAGGUCUUUCAAAAUGUCAAAUGCAUAGAAGUUUUGGGGGUUUCAAGCUUUUUUAUCGGGAAUUUUCACUCCUUAUUCGUAAUUGUAGUAAAUCUUUGCCUAUCUUUGAUUAAUCAUGGUAAACAAAAGAUAUAGCUCAAUAAAUGUUAGUGGUUUAAAAAAAGUGCCAAUUAUAAUAAUUAUAUGCAAAAUUAAACAGGUUGAAAAAUGGCACAUUUAGACGUUAAAAUACGUUUAGAACGUAUUGAUUUUAUAAAAAUUAGUGGCGGCAACUGGUGAGCACAAAAACGGUAGCCCUCAUUGGAAAUUUUAUAGCGCAAGUAUUGUAUUGAACAACCAAUUUAGCUAGGACCCUAAAUGGCGCAACAAUCGCGGGGUGUGAUGGUACCUAUGUAUAUUAAAAAAUAAUGUUUAUUUAUUUAUUUAGAUGAUAACUUGAUAAGUGAAAUAUUUUCCAUCCAAUUGUGCACAAAAUGCAUUUGUAAUCAGAUAAAGUUAGAGAUGAGAAUGCUUUAGUAAACAAUAUAAAAUCAGUCUGCUGAUUAAAUAGUACUGAAUAAACGAACUUCAUUUCCGCCUUAAAAUUUAUAAAUAUGAUAAUUUUUAGUAUAUUUAGUUAGUUUUUUUUUUUUUUCAGAUAUAUAUAUAUAUAUAUAUACUUGAGCCACUGAAAACCUGAGACACCCCAACAGAUUUUUUUUAUUUUGAAGUCAACUUGAGUUAAUCCGAUAAAUAUAAAAAAAAAUAUUCGUUGCUUAGUUUUCUUAACAAUUCUAUUCGACUAUUAAUUCUACACAAUAUACUUCGUCGUUUGAGUCGAACAAUUGCUAGUUACCUUCGUAAACACUGUUAACUGACCAUUUGCAUACCAACGAGAUAAGGUUUACCAAUAGCCAGUUAAGAGUGUUGCUCAUUGACAAAUAACGUGUCAAAUGCUAGUUAUUGAUAUUGUUGCAUUACAAACUUGUAGACUUGGCAUGUAAAAAAAAUAAAAAAAUUACCCCCAUUAAAAUAUAGCGCAAUCGAUUCUGAACAAACUGUUUUUAGGUUUUCAGUGGGUCAUGAAACACCAUGUAUAUAUAUUGAUAUAUUAUUAUUAUAGCCAUUGACAUAUAUCUAAGGACGGGCCUUACGGGCAAUAAGAAUAAUGGGGCCAGUACAGUAGUGUGACGCGCACAACUGGUUGAUGAGUUCACAUCACGCGCGCGAUUGGUCGCAACAAGUUGCGUUAGACUGCACGAUUGGCUCGAAUUCGUGAGUGACACCGCUGAACUAGCACCAUUCUUAGUGCCCGUAAGGCCCGUCCUUAGAUAUGUAUAAUAUGUCAAUCAUUAUAGCUUUUGAAACUCGUUCACCUCAAAUAAAUAAACUUUUGACUUUAUUGAACUGAACAAGUUUGGGAUCAAAUCAAAUUAUUUUAUUAAAUAUUUUGAUUUGUUUUUUUUUAAGUAGUCACACCACCACCCCGCCUUCACCACUGGAGGGCUUCGUCACUUUUUCUCUAAUAUAUGACAUCUAUUACAUUUUUAAUUUAUUGAACUGAUUUAUUUACCUACAAUUAAAAUUCAUUUAUUCCACUGUUUAAAGAAAAUUAUUUAUAUUUCGUAUUAGUUUAUUUUGUUACGUACCUACACGAUGGAAUAAAUUAACGAUGUACCUACACUUGUACAGGAUGAUCAAUAAAAUUCAAAGGGGUCAGAGAAGAGAGAAGUACGCGGCUGGGAAUAGAAUCAGUUUAAAUUUGUAUAUCUAGUAAUUUCCCAUUCCCGAAUUGCUCACCAGGUUUAAUAAUAAACCGCGGAAUGACGGUAUAAACUGCUGUACUCUGGCAAAAGUGGUCAACCCACUGUCAGUAGAAAAAGGCCCGAUAUUCCAAUUUUUUAUGUGGUUGAGGACAAGCCUUGACUUCGUUUCUACGUCUUUUAAAUUUGCCGCCUUUUUCUACUGACCGAAAUAGCUUAUUAAAGACGCUCUUGAUGAUAGUACGUUUUUUACAAUUCGUUUUUUUAUUUUUUUAUUUAGCAGCUAAUUUUAGAUGGCGCGAACGACGCAGCGUCGCGUUUACCCAUUAUACUAUUCUUUGGUUUACCCCAUAUACUACUCUUUGGUUUACCCUUAUUGUUUUUAAAUCCCUCCAUACACGAGCAUACAAUGUGAUGUGAUAAUAUUGAUAAACAACAGUAUUUAAAUGCAAUUAAUGUUAGGUAUUUAGGUAGUGAUUCAUUAAUUUCCAAUCGGUUCUUCCUGUACCUAUUUAAAUGUUCCUUUUUUUGGCAGUAUUAGGUUUAAAAUAUACUUGUUAAAUAUAUAAGAUUGCAGUUUAAAACUCUGUGUAUAGUUUGAUAAGAAAUUAAUGUAAAACAUUGAAUAAAAUGUUAAUUUUUAUAAGAAAUCA